AUGGAUCUGCUCGGCAAGUUCAGCCGAACAGUCUUAGAAGACCCUUCCUUUGAGGACGCAACUGUUGCUGUUCUACGCGAUCACUUCAAUCAGUGGGUUACCACGGCACUCAAAGAAGAACAAGGUGUCGAUAGUGGCGACCGUGGACAAAGCGGCCGGUACCGGUCUUUCGUGAUAGUGGACCAGGAGGCCUUAGAGUCGGUCCUAAGCGCCCCGGACGACGACGAAGAAGCGGGAUUCGUUCGGCUGGUGAACGGUGAAUGGGAGCUGGAGGAACCUAGCGAGGAUGAAUUGGAGGAGAAUGACCGUUCUCCGCCGGACGAAGAGCCACUGGAAGGGUGUACGCAACAUGAUGUGGGUUGGAUGAAAGUGCACUACCGUCAGGUGGAGGCUAACGGCUUCGUCGACCUCUCUGACCCCUUUGGUCGGGAGAGGUAUUAUACUCGGCCGCCCGAGAUUCAGAGCAUCGAGUGA